GGCUUGAUCCAUUGAAUCUGGGAUUGAGAUUAAAAGGAUUUCUGCUGUAAUGUAAACGAAAUUUUAUUUUUUGAGGCGUGAAAAACUUAUGCAUUUUAUAAAACUCACCCGUGAGCCGUGAAUUCUACAACUGCCCGCCCCUGACACGUUUUAGUUUUGGAAAUUGCAUUGCGUUUGAGUGCGUCGUCAUCUCAAGGAAAUGCUUCGUGCCACCUGAAUGAAGACUGCAAUGUCAAAUAUUUUCAACGCAAAAGAGUUGCGCUGCGAUCAUAUUGUCCCGGGAGAAUGGAGUAUCAACCAGCCGUCGUGUCAUUGGAGCAGCCUGAGGUGCCAGAAGGGGCAAAGGCGUCUGCGGUACACGCAGAGGAAUCUCGCGGGAGUAACAGUGGGAGCAACGGGAGCUGCACGAGCCCCAGCGACGGUCCUCGUCAGUCGUUAUACCACAUCAAGUGGGUACGGUGGAAGAACCAGAAGACUCCCAUUGUCACUCAGAAUGAGAAUGGACCUUGUCCGUUGUUGGCGAUCAUCAACGUGUUGACGUUAAGGGGGUCGGUGAAGCUUCCCUUGACACUGGACAUAAUCACAGUGGAGCAAUUGAUGGAACACCUUGGAGACUCCAUUCUUUCUUCUAUCCCGAAGGACAUUCCGGAGGUCGCACAGCUGAACUAUGAGCAGAACAUGCACGAUGCUAUCGCCAUCCUUCCCAAGCUGCAGACGGGUCUUGAUGUCAACGUUCGUUUUACGGGGGUGAAAGACUUCGAGUACACUCCAGAGUGCAUUGUUUUUGACCUGCUGCGCAUCCCUUUGUGCCACGGCUGGCUUUUGGACCCCGAAAGCCCGGAGGUGCUCGCAGCAGUAGGUAGCAGCGGCUACAAUCAACUGGUCGAGAAGAUCAUCAAUAACAAGGCUUCGGCAAAGACAGAACUGGUCACGGAAGCCCUCAUCGCGGAGUCAUUCUUGGAACGGACAGCAUCCCAGUUGACCUACCACGGCUUGUGCGAACUCAACACGUCGCUCGCGGAUGACGAGCUCGCCGUCUUGUUCAGGAAUAAUCAUUUUAUUACCCUUCAUAAGCACAAGAACAACUUGUACCAGCUAGUGACUGACCAAGGGUUUCUCAACGAGUGCGACGUCAUCUGGGAGACUCUCGACAACGUGGAAGGGGACGGGCAAUUCGCAGAUAGCGAUUUCGUUGUCAAACCUCCCAAGCCUCGAAUCCUCACCACGGAGCAGCAAAUUGAUCAAGAUUACCUGGUUGCCUUAAGUUUGCAACAGGAGCAGGAGAAAGAGGACAAAGCUUGGUCAGAUGCCCCUUGUGACAGUACAUGUGCAGAUGAGGAACUUGCAAAGCAGCUUCAGGAGGAAGAGAACCAGCGUUUAAGUUCGCAGCAAUCUGGGAGCAAUUCCGCACCAGCCGCAGCAUCGUCACCCCCACAGAACAACAAGCGAAGUGGCAGUCCGUCAUCAAAGAAGGACUGUACAAUCCUGUAGAUACGUUAGAUUGAAGCAAGCCAAGGUUUGAAGCACCAGCUUGCUGUGGAAAUUUGUAAAUACUAUAUACAAAUACGUGCGCACACUUUUGUGCAAUUAAGCAGCAAGCAUGAACCAGUGUGCACAUUAUAAAUAUAAUAUAAAUAAGAAACAAGUUGUUGCAGUGUUUACGUUUACAGCUUUCGGAUAAUCCAGGAAGAGAAAAAGCUAAAGCACGUUAGUGACGCAGAAUGGGUCGAGGUGAUGGCACCGCAAUUUAGCGCCGCAUAAAGCUUGAGCGCAGGUUGUCAAACGAAGUAAGACACUUUUAUAAACACUGCUGCUAUGCUAUUGGAAGUGUGACACGCAUAUUUAUAGAAGCUCCGCUAAUUUGUAUUUCCCUCAAGGUUAUUAAAGCUAUUAAUACCUGUUGAA